GCUCGUACAUCAGAGUCAGAGUUCAGUACUGUAGCUGUAGCUGUUUUUAUGAAACCUUUACAGUAAGGUAAGUGACGAGCUUGAGGCUUUGAAAACAUGGUGGGUUACGACCCUGGGAAUCGGGAAGCAGCGCUCUCCUCACAUGAGGUGGCCCUGGCUGGAUCAGCUGCUGGGAUGGUCACCCGAGCCCUCGUUAGCCCCUUUGAUGUAAUUAAAAUCAGAUUUCAGCUGCAGAUUGAGGGUCUGUCUUCAGAGAGGCGGGAGGGAAGGUACUGGGGGUUAUUUCAGGCUUCUCGUCGCAUUCAUACAGAGGAGGGGCUCUCUGCUUUCUGGAAGGGGCACCUCCCUGCACAGCUCCUCUCCGUCUGCUUUGGGGCUGUCCAGUUUGCCAGUUUUGAGUGUAUGACUGAGGUGGUCCACAAGAUGACGCCAUAUGACAGCCAGACAGCAGGAGUACACUUUGUAUGUGGGGGGUUGGCUGCCUGCUCUGCCACAGUGGUCUGCCAGCCUCUGGACACAUUGCGGACACGCUUUGCAGCUCAGGGAGAACCCAAGGUGUACAGGAACCUUCGACAUGCAGUGUCUACCAUGUGCCGCGCAGAGGGAGUCUUGACCUUUUACCGUGGCCUGUCUCCUACAUUAGUGGCAGUGUUUCCAUACGCUGGACUGCAAUUCUUCUUCUACAAAGUCUUUAAAAACUUUCUGGAUCCACAGCCCAAAACUGGAAACUCAGGAGGAAACCUGAGAAGCCUGAUAUGUGGCAGUGGAGCUGGAAUGAUAAGCAAAACAAUGACGUACCCCUUUGACCUCUUUAAGAAGAGACUGCAGGUUGGAGGCUUUGAGGAAGCCAGAGUUCACUUUGGACAGGUGCGGAGUUACAGAAGCAUGGCGGACUGCAUGGUUCAAAUAGCCAAAGAGGAGGGCGUCCGAGGCUUCUUUAAAGGCCUCUCUCCCAGUCUUGUGAAGGCUGCACUAUCGACAGGCUUGACCUUUUUUUGGUAUGAAUUCUUCCUCAAUACCAUGCGUGACCUUAAGCAGAGACAGAGAGCAAAUGGCCUCACCAAAGACGCAAAGGAGAGAUAAUGAGAGAAACCAUUGCACAAUCAUGCACAUAGGACGUAUCCUCACACUUCGUUCUUGCACUUGGACAAAUUUAUCAGCUGGUUUGAUGUUUGGUGGCGGGCUCUGUUGUGUUUACACAUAAGGAUGAAAAAACAAAGCCUAACUUUAUCUGUUUUUGUGGUGUCAUUAUACCUCGUGUUGUACAAACAUUUAUUUUUCCACAAAUGUAUUUCAUAUUUUAUCCUGAGUUUUUAAGGUUUAUAUGUGCGUGCUUUUAAGAGAAAAAAAAAAUGCCAUAACAACAUUUAAUGCUCAAACCGAACUUUGCACAUUUUAAGCUCUGACUUUUGUUAAGUAAUUACUAAACAAGGUGUAACUUUGUUCUCACGGACUUCCU